AUGACGACACUGUCGCCGUAUGACGAUCCUGCCGUUCUCGACAAGUUCUUGCAAGUGAUUCAAGGCAAAUCACAGUCUGCAAGGUCCAAAACAUCAGUCAACAAUGGCCCGCCGAAGCUCAACCCACAGAAUGGAGAUUUCUCUCCUAGGAUCUCUGUCACCGCCGAACAUGUCGAAAGUGGCCUCAACACAGUCACUGGCGCCCAGGCUGCUCAGUCCUUGGAUCAACAGGAGUCUGUAGCUAGCAUUCUGAAACCACCACCAUUCCCUCAGACAUCUGACACUGAUAGAUCUGCUGCGCUAGACUUGGUCCAAGAUGAGCAGGACACUGUCACCGAAACAGCAACCCGGACACGGCCUUUGACGCCGACCCAGCAUAGACUCCUGAUCGGCAGGAAGCGUGGCAUUGAGCACCUCACUGAGGGCAACCUGGCGGAAUUAGGCAAACAAACCCAGGGUUACAUUGACAACGUGGUUGACCAGUUUCGAAAGUCAAAAGGACCGGAUUUUGCACAACCUCGUGUCGCUACUAGUCAUAGGCCUUCAGACGAGUUCAAGGCUGCGCAUUCUCUUCAGGGUGCCUCAUCUUUACGAACAGUUAGCAACCCAGACAAGGCGAAUGCUGCCGCAAUCUGCAAUACGGAUGAGACGCCAGUCAACGCGAGUGAGAAUGACCGACCUAUUAAGAGCUCUGAUCAGCAGGAUUGCUGGCACGACGAGAGUCCCGACAGAGCAUCUUGCAUCACUCCCGUUGUGGAUCCUGCCUUCCACCAGGAUAGCCAGCAGCACAUGAACAAUGGUCCAAAGCAAGUCGAUAAGUUGACAGAUGUUGUUCCAUUUCCCACCCGCGUCGGUGGUCCAAAUGGGCAGACCUUUGGCAACCUAAAGGGGUUGGGCGAUGAUUACUCUGCAUCAGCAGACGUGGCUAAGGCCGAAGACGAGCGUCUAUCGACCUCCACUGCUAAUCUGAAGAUAGACAACGCAGUCGAAGACGACAGUGACAAAGAUGGCGUUCCGGUGACGAGCGGAGUGCAUGACAACGAUAGCCCCCCACGCCACACCCAAUCUCCCACCAUUGUGGUGACUGCUAGCACAGACACAGACGAAAGUGUCGAAGAUGACAAUAACGACGAGGAUAAUGACGAGGAAGAAGACCGAGAAAACCUCGUCCGGUUCAGGUCAUGGGGAACCCCUGUCGCCCGCAAUAAACCGAAAUCUCGUCCACGUACUGUCAUUCUCACUGGUUUGCCACGCGGUGCCGAUUUCAUGCUUGUCCAAUCUCUUAUCCAUGGUGGUGCAAUUGAAGGCAUGAAGCUUGUCGCGUCCAUCCCUGAGCGAACCACGAUCGCGGCUCAUGUAACCUUUGCUUCUGCCGAUGCCUGCGAAUGCUAUUGUGGCAACUAUCCCAGGGGAAUGGAAAUCCGCCAUCAAGGCAGAAAGUGGUCCGUGCUCGUGCACAAGAAAGAGCAAGUGGAUGUGAUUUCUGGAAUGUUGCAGGGAUAUCUCGACUGUGGAGCGACCCGCGUGGUCAAGGUGAGCGGCGCCGAUGACGACUGGGGUAUUGUUGCUUUGAACAAGCUCGCUGAAGGAAAGCCUGGCACCCGUCAAGUCGAGGCUGUGCAGGAUACGUAUCGUAAUGGGAUCCGCACCAUCGUCUUCCGGUUCGCAAACAUUAGCCAUGCAGUCCAAUUCAAAGCCCAUCUGAUUCGAAGCGACGAUUGGUAUGGGUGUCACGUUGAGUUUGCAGAGGAUCCAUGCGAAAAGGCUACUGGGAUUCAUUACGACUGA